AUUUAAAGCGGCGGCGGCGGCGGAGCUGCACCUCACACCAUGGGGGGGGUCACGGCCGCGCUGUGCCUCGCGGCGCUGCUGGUCCUGGUGGGCGGACGGCCGCUGACUCAGCACAAACCCUACACACCUGGAGAUGGGCGCCCUCAUGGGGCCGAGCCCCCCGGCAACGACACCGCCCUGGCCCAGAUCUGCGGGGAUGGGGGCGGCUUCGACGCUGCGACGCUGAGCGAGAACGGCACCAUGCUCUUCUUUAGAGGAGGGGACGUGUGGGAGACCUCGCGGGAGAGACCCCAGCUCCGCAGCCGCCCCCUGGCUGAGUCCUGGCCUGAGCUGGAGGGUCCCGUGGACGCAGCGCUGCGCAUCCACCGCCGAGACCACCCCGAGGAGCACCAGAGCCUCUACCUCUUCCAGGGUGAGAAGGUCUGGUCCUAUGCCGGGGGGCAGCUGCGCCCCAAUUUCCCUCGGCUCAUUGGGGACGAGUUCCCGGGGGUCCCUGGAGAUCUGGAUGCUGCUGUGGAGUGUCACCCCGAGGAGUGCGGUGGGGAGACCGUGCUUUUCUUUAAGGGGGAUCGGCUGUUCUCCUUCGACCUGGAGCUGCGGAGGACGAAGGAGCGCCCUUGGGGUGUGGGGCCGUGCGACGCGGCGCUGCGCUGGUUGGAGCGCUACUACUGCCUGCAGGGCACACAGUUCUAUCGGUUCAAACCCCUCGAAGGGGCCGUGCUCCCCGGGUACCCCCGUGACCUCCGGGACUAUUUCAUCCCCUGCCCUGGCCGAGGUCACAGACAUGUCAACACCUCAUGGGGUGACGCUGGUGACCGCUGCAGUGGGCAGCCUUUCCAGGCCAUCACCUCCGAUGACAGCGGUCGCAUCUAUGCCUUCCGUGGAGGGCUGUCAUUCCGGCUGGACUCAUGGCGGGACGGGUGGCAUGCGUGGCCGCAGGGACACAGCUGGCCGGGUCUGCAGGGGGACGUGGAUGCCGCCUUCUCCUGGGAUAAGCGCAUGUAUCUGAUCCAGGGUUCGCAGGUCUCCAUCUACCUCUCGGGCAGAGGCGGCCACCAGCUGGUGGAGGGGUACCCCCGGGCUCUGCAGGAGGAGCUGGGGGUCCCCAAGGCAGAUGCCGCCUUCACUUGCCCCGGAUCCGCAGAGCUCUACGUCAUCACAGGGAACCGCGUGUGGCGCGUGGACUUGACACAGAGCCCACGGCGAGUGGAUCGGCCGCAGCCUCUGCCCCACGAUGGAGUGGACGGGGCCAUGUGCACAGCUGAGGGCGUCUACCUGCUGCGUGGGGACAGCUACCACCACUACAGGGACGUGGCUGAGCUGCUGGCUGCCCCCCUGCCCGCAGCCCCCCGCAGCAUCGCUGCCGAUCUGUUCCGCUGCACACAGUGAGCGCAGCCCCCACCCCAGGCUGCAAUAAAGGCUGUGGAGACCCUGC